UAGAGGAGCAUCAAGCACAGACUUACUUGCACGCUGCUGGAAGGAUCUAUUACAUUGAAAAAAUUAGGAGAAGGCACAGUGUGACCAGACUGCUGCCUGAAAGGGAACAGAGCUGACAGCACUGAGGACUGUGGACAGAGCCUCCUGAAUCAGCAGAGCUCAAGAGGAAGCCAAGAUGUGGAAGAAGUCGAAGGUGACCGAUCAAACUGCCGCUGGGCAGGCGGGGAUCAAGAAGAAGUCGAAGGUGCCCGGGGUGAUGAUUACGCAGUUUAUCGAGGAACUUCCAGAGGACAUGUCAACCCCUGACUUCACACGCAAACCUAUUGCUCUGACUAUUCAAGAGGGUAAAUUGGCCGUCUUUAAAGCCAUUGUAGUGGGCAACCCAACACCUACUGUGACAUGGAGCAGAGCAAACGGAGAAAUUCAUUUUCAUCCUGACAUGUGCGAGCAAAAGUAUGACGAUACUUCCCGCGAGCACACCAUUGAGUUUCCUAAGGUGGCUCCUGAGGAUGCUGACACCUACAAGUGCUUUGCAACCAAUGAGUAUGGAAGGGCUGUUUGCACUGUAGUCUUGAACGUCAUUGAGGUUGGAUUUUCAAAGACCAAGGAACUUCAAAAGAAACAAGGAGAAGAUGCAACAGACUUCAGGAAAAAACUUAAGAAACGUAACCCUGAUGGAACACGAGAGGAAAAGCCGAUGGAGCCAGAGGAGAAAGUGUGGGAAAUCCUCAUGAGCGCUGACAAGAAAGACUAUGAGCACAUCUGUUGUGAAUACGGUAUCACAGACUUUCGCGGUAUGCUGAAGAGACUCAGUGAAAUGAAGAGAGAGAGAGAGGAGGAGAUUGCUGAGUUUGUUACACAAAUCAGUGCCUUAAAGCAUAUCGAGGUGGAUGACGACGACUGUGCAACAAUUGAGUUGGACAUGGACCUCAAGGAUCCAACCAGCAAAAUCUUUGUGUACAAGAAUGGUGUCAUGGUUCCAUUUACAGAAGAUGAAGGGGAUGAAUUAAAGCACAGUUUGAAACAAGUUGGCAAGAAAUAUAUCUUUCGAAUUAAAAAAUUGGGUUCAGAAGAUGCCGGACUUUACUCAGUGGAUGUUGGCGGUGUCAAUGUUUUUUCCACAGAUUUCAAAGUACCUGAAGUUGAUUUUGCAGUUAAGAUACAGGAGGUAAAGGCAGAAGAGCGAGAGGAUGCCCUCUUCCAAUGUGUCCUUACUGCACCUAUGAGUGAGGUCAAAUGGUAUGGCAAAAGCGCUCUACUGUCAAACAGUGAGAAACAUGAAAUCACUGUAUCUGAAGAUAAGCUAAUCCACAAGUUGAUUGUGCGAGACUGUAUGCCUUUAGAUGCAGGUAUCUAUGCUGCUGUGGCAGGAAUCAAAUCCUGCAACAACUGGCUUGUAGUUGAAGCUGACAAAGAUCCAGCCAACAAGGGCAAGAAGGCAGCUCGCAAAACUACUAUGGCUGGAGCCAGCAAUGAUGAAGAGCUGGUUAAAAUAGCUAAGGAACAGCAAGAAAGAUAUCGAAAGGAAAUGGAAGAAAAAAUAGGAAAACGCAAGAAACGUGUGAGAGAUGGUCUCCUUGUUCCUGACACAGUUACAGGUAAUAAUUUAUUGGUUGAUAAAUCCUCAGACCCAGGAGUUCACUUUCAUGCCGGGCUUUCCGACUGCAAAGCCAUUAAGGGAGAAGCAGCAGAGCUGGAGUGUAAACUGAGCAGUGAAGAAUGUGAAGGUAUCUGGUACAAAGAUGGAGAAGAGGUUAAAUCAGCUGAGGGUAUAACCAUUUCAAAAGAAGGAAGUUUCCACAAGCUGAAAAUUCACAAAGUAACAGAGGAAUUUGCUGGAAAAUAUAAAUUUGAAGCAGAUGGGAGGAAGACAGAAGCCUUGAUUGUUGUUGAAGAUCCACCACGGUUUGAUGCUGAGGAAAUGGAAGCAUUUAAAACCCCUGUAACGGUGAAGAAAGGACACAAAGCUACCUUCAAAUUGUCCUAUAUCGGACAGGAGCCUAUAAAGGUUCAGUGGUACCUUGAGGGUGAAGAGCUUUCAGAUGAGUCGAAUAUCAAGCUGGAACACUCAGAAGGUUGCACCCGUCUCCUUCUUACCAAGCUUCAGCGCAAGGACAGUGGUGAAGUCAAGAUGAAACUGAAAAAUGAGUUUGGCACUGUUGAGGUUGUCAGCCAGCUUGUGGUACUUGAUAAGCCUACUCCUCCACUGGGACCUUUGGAGAUUGUUGAAGCCUCCUCCUCUACAAUUGAGUUUAAGUGGAGACCUCCAAAAGACAAUGGUGGCUGCAAGAUAGACAACUAUAUCCUUGAACGUCAACAAGUCGGCCGCAACACCUGGAAAAAGGUGGGUCCAAUUGGACCAGAGGCAAAUUACAAAGACUCUGAUGUGGACCAUGGUAGGAGGUACUGCUAUCGCAUCAGAGGGGAGACUGAAAUAGGCACCAGUGAGCUGAUGGAAACAGAGGACAUCCAAGCUGGAACAAAAGCAUUCCCUGGACCUCCAUCAGCUCCAAAAGUGGUCACUGCCUUCAAGAACUGCAUCACCCUCUCUUGGUCUCCUCCAGCCAACACUGGAGGAACUAAUAUUCUUGGAUACAACCUUGAGAAACGCAAGAAAGGCAGCAACCUUUGGGGCCAAGUAAAUCCCCCCGAUGACAUGAUCAAAGGUAAAGGAUUUGGAGUUAAAGAUGUGGUUGAAGGCAUGGAGUAUGAAUUCCGUGUGUCAGCAAUCAAUAACUCUGGAGCUGGUGAAUUUAGUACACCGUCUGAGUUUGUGUUUGCAAGAGACCCUAAAAAGCCUCCUGGUAAAGUGAUAGAUUUCAAAGUGACAGAUUCAACCUACACAACUCUAUCCCUUGCUUGGACAAAACCCAAGGAGGUUGAGGGGGGCGAGGAUGAAGCCAAGGGAUACUUUGUGGAGAUCAGGCCUGCAGAAAACACUGAAUGGGAUCGCUGCAAUAACAAUGCAAUAACUUUGAAUUUCUACACUGUGAAAGGCUUGAAAUCGAUGGGAAUGUACUGGGUGAGAGCUAUUGCUACUAAUGAUGGAGGAGAGGGAGAGCCGCAGCUACUGGAUAACUACAUCCUUGCGAUGCCCCCUCCUGUGAGACCACGUUUCACGGAUGCCAAAAUAAAGAGUUUCAUGGUGGUGAGAGCUGGAAACUCUGCACGAUUCAACAUUAACUUUGUGGCCUCUCCUUGGCCUGAUGUGAUCUGGCUGAAAGAUGGAGGGCCAGUGCACAAAAAGGUGACCAUCAGCAAUACAGAGGGCUCAUCCCAGCUUCUGAUUGCUUCAUCUGAACGCACAGAUACUGGAAUCUACACUAUCGUUGUCAAGAACAUUGUUGGUCAAGAAACACACAGCGUAGAAAUAAGAGUCACGGAUGAGCCUAAAGCACCAGGCCCUGUGGAUAUUGACGAAAACGUGCCUGGCACAGUGACCGUUUCAUGGACCCCAUCUGCUGAUGAAAAACGUGACGACAGGCUGCAUUACAUGGUCACUAAACGUGAUUCAAGUAAAAGAACCUGGAACACCGUUGCGGAUCAUAUCUUCAACAAUAAAUUCACAGCCUGCAAUAUAUUGCCGGGUAGAGAAUAUUGGUUCAGAGUCUAUGCUAAGAAUGACAUGGGCUUGUCCAAACCCUCUGAAUCACCCAAGUGGCUCAUAGCAAGCAAAAAGGAAAAAUUCACUUUGAACAUGCCAGAAUCAAAGGUCUGUAAUUUAGAGUGUCCUCCCAAGUUCCUAGUCCCACUGAAAAUGCACACCGCUCCUCAGGGGUAUGAAUGCUACAUGAGCUGUGCCAUAAAAGGAGAUCCCACACCUCAUGUGACAUGGCUCCGCAACGGCGUAAGUCUGAAUACCAACACCAACUACUUCAUCUCCAACACAUGUGGAGUCUGUUCUCUGCUCAUACUGAGGGUUGGCCCUAAAGACAUGGGGGAGUACAAGAUUGUUGUAGAAAACUCCAUUGGGAGGGCAGAGUGCUCUACCAAACUGACAGUCAGAGAAUAAAUGAGCACCCUGGAAACGGCAGAAUUGCUUUCGACCCAAACAGAGUCCAGUCAUUGCUUAUUCACAAUCUGCAUCUUUAGAGUUAGGCAAACCCUCUUAAAUGUCUCUUAAAAGUUUGCUUACUUUUUGAUAAAUGAUUUCCCGCUAAGUAAGUCCGAGUAAAACGGACACAUCCAGCCAAACUCAUGUCUUGUUUGUCUUGAUGUAAGCAGUGCAAUCCCAAUAAAAAAUAUGCUCGACACACUAAUGAUAUUUCUUCAUGGCAUAUAAUAAAUGUAACAUGCAUGUUAAACAGAAAAAAGCACAGUAGUGGAUACUGCUUGGCAUUGAUUCUUUGAAUUUUAAGUUGAGUUUGGUUUUUAAACAGGUUUGUUUUCAGCUUUUAAGAUGCAUGUUUCCAUUCAUUCUUAUAGUGACUUAGAUUUAUAUCAUUUUGCUAUUGUGCAUUUGAAAUCCUCCCGUAAAUAAAACUAAGAGAAUAACCUUAUUGACAAGAAAAUGUUGACAACAAUCUGCUUGUUUUAGGCUGUUCUCGUGCUA